AUGAAUGAAAAGAUAGGGAUUGACAAAACGUUGGCACAGGAUGUUGUACUAUAUAAUAUAAAAAAUCUUGAAAAAGAGGAAAAAGAUUUUUCUCUUUUGUAUAUUACAUAUUUAUUAAAUACUAUAUAUAAUAAAUAUAAGAGUAUACAACCAGUGUAUAUUUAUUUUAUAUGUUCUGAAAAAAAAGAAAAGGAUAUCUGUAAUGAUAAUAAUAAAAAUUAUAAAAACAAUAUUCAUAAGAAUCAUGACAAAAACAAUUUAAUAUAUUAUACUCCUAGUUCUAUUAUGGAACAAUAUUUUCCAGAUAUAUUUCACAAUGUUUAUUUUUUAUGUGCUCACUAUACAAUAUUAAAUAAAGACAUAAAAAGAAAAAAUCAUAUAGAUUAUAUAAAAUAUAGUAAAGAAAAGAAAAAAUAUGAUGAAAAAAAAGAAACGUUUUAUUUUAUCUUUACUUUUUUUAUGGAACCUCAUUUUAUAUGGGAAGAAUUAAAUAUUCCAAUUUUUCAUGAAAAAGGAUAUGUUGAAUGUAUUUUUGAUUCUGUUAAUAAUCUUAUAAAAUUAAAGAAUAUAUUUAAUCCUUUGAAUGAUAUUAGACAAAAUACAUAUAAUAAAACGUUAAUACAAUAUAUUUUUAAUAUGAAUAAAAAGAGGCGAAAAAAAAAUUAUAAACAUUCCAAUGAUAAUCAAAUUAAUGACGAUACAAAUUAUUAUAAUUAUCAUAAUGACGUUUUAAAAAUGUAUAGUAGAAAUAAUAUGUGCAAUAAUAAUAUGUGCAAUAAUAAUAUGUGCAAUAAUAAUAUAUACAAUAAUAAUAUAUACUACAAUAACAUAUACAAUCACAAUACAUACCAUAAUGAUAACAAUAUAGAAUAUGCAAACAUAUUUUCAUCAUUUAAUAAUAUCAAUAAUAAUAGUGAUAAUGAUUUAUAUUGUUAUAAUUAUCAUAUAAGUAAGGACAGAAUAAACGACAAGGUCCCAAGAAUACAUCUCCUUCCAUUUUUUAUUUCAUCAAUUUAUUUAUAUAAGAAUAAUCAAAUAUGUAAAACGCGUGUUAUAAGCUUUAAUGAAAAGGAUAUUUAUUUUAAAAAUGAUGAAAACCAAAAUAUACCUAAGGCCAUGAUCUUAUAUAUUAGAAAUAAAUUAUCUAAUAAAUUAAAAAAUAUAGAAAAAGAUGUUAUAAAAAAAGAGAAAGAACAUUUUAAAAGAUUAAUUAAAAAAAAAAACAAAAGAAAAAAAAUUAAAAUGUAUUCAAAGGAUGAUAGUAUUAAACCCAAAAAGGAUUCAUAUAAAAUACAUAAUGAUAGUAUAAAUAAAAAAAUAAAAGCCAAUAUAAAUCAAUAUAUUAACAAUGAAAAUAAUAAUAAUGAUAAUAUUGGAUCUAAUAUUCAAUAUAAUAACAUAAAGACCAUUCUUAAUUUUAUACAAAAUAAUCUACAAGAUGUACAAUUAAAAAAGUUAUUAUCACAUUAUUACAAAAAUUAUAAUAAAUGUGAUUAUAAAGAAAAUGUAUAUAUAAGUAAUAAGCAUUUUAUGAAUACAUUAUCAUUAAUUCAAAAUAAUUAUAAAUUCAUUUAUAAAGACAAUAAAGAAUUGCAUAAUACCUUAAUCGACCCAUGGCAAAUAGGAAUAGGAGAAAAUAAUUUAAGACUAAUGAAAAAAUUGUUUUCUCAAAGAAUAUGA